ACUCAGUUAAAUUGAAUACUCAUACGUUUAUUACCGUGUAGUGUACUGCCUAUAAAUACCGUGCAUUGCACAGCACAGACCCACGAUACAACAGGACCGGGAGACGGCACCAAAUUAACUGGACCGGCUAAUCAACGAUUAGUAGCUUCUUCUCUCAGUCCGACAGACAGACAGAGCCAGGACAAACCAUGAGGAAGAGGUCGAGCUUUGCACGGGCCAGCUGCCUCGGCGUCCUCCUCGUGCUGGUGCUCGCGCUCCAGCAGCAGCAGGUCGACGCGGACGAGAUGUCGUGCUCCGACGUGGUCUCGGGCGCGUCGCCGUGCCUCGGCUUCUUGCAGGGCGAAGAGGACUACCCCUCAAGCGACUGCUGCGAAGGCGUGUCCAGCCUCGUGGCGGCCGCGGCCACCACGGCCGACCGGCAGCAGGCGUGCGAGUGCCUCAAGUCGGCAGCGGGAGACGGCAGCGCCGAGGCCUCCGCCGCGCGGGACUUGCCGGCCGACUGCGGCCUCUCGCUGCCUUUUACUAUCUCCCCUGACGUCGACUGCUCUCAGAUCGAGUGAGCAUAAGUGAUUCAUCAGAGUAUGGAUCAUUUCGGAUCCGAUGAAGAUGAGGAAUAGGUACUCUGUUCUUGAGCUACAUUACGACGGAAUAAACUGUCUCGUGAAGUAACCAGUAUAUCUCGUUGUGUCAAAUGCAUGCGUGUGUGCGCCACUGUUGGCCAAUCUGUACUUGUGUGUGCUACUACUACUAGUCCUUGAUGAACAAUUUUGUGCCUUUUCGUUAGUCUCC